CAGGUUGAGAAGCACUGUUUAACAAACCAACUACUCCAACCCACUCCAUAAUAAUGUUAUCAUCUCUUUCUCUCAAUCUCUUUCGCACAAAACCAUAUGGUUGUUGGGUGGAUCUCCACACAUUUCUUCACACAAAUCAUGCUUGCUUGCUCAUAAAGCCAAUUGAGCUUCAAACAGUACCAUGACUUUCCAUACCCUUAAAAAAAGCACUUGGAUUUGUAAAUAGUUUGUGUUGUUCUGUUUAAUUUGUAAAGACCAAAUGAAGAAUCGGCUGGAGAGGUUUGUGGUUCUUCGAUUCAACAUUGGUUGCAAUUCUGAUUCAAGUGUUGCUGUGGCCACAUCUCAAUCAAAGAAAACAAAACCAGAACCAAAUCCACCAGUAACAGGAAGAAAAGAAAGGGAACAAAGCUCAUGUAGACAGAAAAUGAACAAGUCUUCUGGUUUUUUGACUCUUAGAAGGCCGACAAUAUUCUAUGGAAUACAUAGACUGAAAAGAAGCAUCAAAAGUACUCUCUCUCAAAUAUUUGUUUACAGAGAAGAGAUUGAAGAGAUAGAAACAAAGAUUGAGAUUGGAUUUCCAACAGAUGUCAAACAUGUCACACACAUUGGACUGGAUGGGACUACUACAUCAAACCAAGUGAAGGGUUGGGAGAACCUGGUAGCACCUGAAUUAAUUUCUUUCCCUCCCAUUUCUUUGACUGAGUUUGAGCUUUCCAUGGCUGCACAUGCUCAUGCUCAUGGACCUAUUGUUCUUCAUCCCACAAAUUAAAAGCUCGGUGUUUGACAGAAUCAUUGUUGCUGCUGUUGAUGUGAGUGUAUUAACUGAUUCUUUCCCUUUUGUUAAUUAGAUGAAUCAAUCUUAUCCUUGGUAUCAACUAAACUGCUCCUGUUUCACUUUAUUUCUAAGAAUUACAGGGUCAUCACAGAUAAACACAGCAGAUAAAAACAAUCAAUUAAUGCAA